AUGUCUCGUUUGGGUCUGAAAACAUUUAUCAUAUUCAUCGUCGUUUGUUUCAUGUGUCUUAAACCUUGUAUACGUGCAAGAAGUUUAAAUUCACAGGUCGUCACAGAAAUUGGUCCGCCCACAACGAUGAAGAUAAUGUAUGGAGGCUAUAGAGAAGGACCUUCAGAAAGAGGACGGGGUCACGAGACACCGCCGACGACUCCACCAGUGAAUAUAGUCUACGGAGUCUAUAGAGAAGGACCUUCAGAGAGAGGGCGGGGUCACGAGACACCGCCAACGACUCCACCAGUGAAGAUAAUAUAUGGAGGCUAUAAAGAAGGACCCUCAGAGAGAGGACAGGGUCACGAUACACCGCCGACGACUCCACCAAGUUUUUAA